CGCAUCUCCUCCUGCCUGCUCCGUCCUGUCACACAGAGCCAAGACGGGAGAUUCUACGUCUCCACUUUCUCUCUUCUCUUCUCAUUGUGCUCAGGCCUGAGGCCACAAGGGUCGUUCGACAUGACAGACUUCGUGGAGCUAUCCCGAAGAAAACCCAAGAAGCGACCCGGUGCGCGAUAUCGAGAUCCAGCAACCCUCUCAGUGAACGAACGGCUCGAUCGACUUUUGAAGACAUUGGAGACCCGAAGAUCUCAGCUCAGAGAAUGGCCACUCUACGAAGCAACAUGGCUGAGUGAGGACCAGAUUAGAAGCCCUCCGCGCGUUUGCGCUUGACAUUCCAUUUGAACCUCAGAACAGCUUAGCGAAGCCUCCACAAUCAUGUCCUGCCAGGACCCCGAGAGAAGUCGGACCGAUCCUUCUGCUAUCAAACAGGAGGAAUCCGAUGAGCAUCAAAAACCUCCUGGCGCUCCGCUCGACUCGGGGAUGUACGAGUCUCCGCCCGUUUACGUGCUUUGUCUCGGCAUCGGAAAGAUUAGCGAAUCUCGCGAAAGUCAAUUUCAGUACCUACAGCUUCAGGAUAUAGCCAAGUUUUUCAAGACGAGUGACGUUUGGGUUUAUGACCCCAUGCUAGAUCCCGUGGACGUCUUAUUACUCGAACAAAGCGGUUUCCAUCUGGUCGAGAGAAAUCAGCUGGGACGUCAUCGACUACCCAUCGAUCGACCUGCGCUUGCUUACCUUCCGCAUUGUCCCAGGGGUCUUUACGAGGCGUUCUUGCGUGAAAACUGGUCCGGAUAUCGGAUCGGAUGGCGAACUAAAGAGAAUGACACAAACUCUAAGCAACACUCAGCGGGACAAAUCGUAAUGAUUGCGAAUGACUUCGGUGACUACAGUCUAAGCCUGCCACUGGAUCAACUGCGAGCAGAAUCUCCAUGCAUCGCCACGAUUGCUCCUUUGCUCAUGAAAUCGCCCCUGCCGCAUCUCCCGACAAACCAUGCCGCUUUUGCCGCGUUCUCUUCGCUCGCAUGGCAACAUGUGCCAGCGAUUCAACAAAAUCGAAUAGAGGAAUCGCCUCCUGUCAACGAAACAGACCACGCAGUAGAUACGAAACCAUCAGGGGAGAUGUUGGCUUCCGAGAUCGGUGAAGACCCGUCUUCAUCGGCACACAAAAUACAAGACUCGCCUACGGUAUCCGUUGCAAAGCAACCGGUAAUCUAGUCCCACAUGUCAGGCAGAAAGUCGCCCUAUUGAGCAAAGUUUUGGAUCUGCAGUGACAUGCACGGGGAAUCUUGCUCCGAAGACUUGGUCGCGACAUCAGAGCGGUGUCACAGGCGAAGCUCAGCCCGUGAAAUCGUCUUGUCUUCGGUGGAGGAGGAAAUCUUAUGAUCGGCGAGAUGUGAAGCCGGUAAAUAUUUCACCGUCGACAUAGAUCAGCAAUCUUGUAUUGUCUCGCCCCGUAGUCGUCAUAGUCAUCUGCUACGCGUAGGUCACGAAACUGGUCCAGUCAUGGUUCUCUCUUGUAGAGAUCGCACUUGCAUGCUGUAAUAUGAGGCUGUUCUCCGGGUUGAGUGUCCCUUGAGUACCUAUUUUCAUAGCAAAGCCGGGAG